CUGACAGCACGCCCACGUCUGCCGCUUCAGUUACACACACUCAUGUACUUAAUACCUCAGCAUCCCGACGCCUCACCUACCGAAACUGCCGACCCUCAAUCUCUAUUGGCUUCCAUCCACCUCCGCCGGCGCAUUCUCGCGGAGCUACGGCGGCAGCAGGCAUGACGACGAUGAACUUUGUGACGUUCAACCAGGACCAUAGCCACCUUGGGGUUGGUACCACCAAAGGCUACCGCAUCUACACCACAGACCCAUUCAGCAAGCAGUCCGAGUCAAGAGAAGGAGAUGUCUCCAGUCUGGAAAUGCUCUUUUCGACAUCCCUGGUGGCUCUCACGCUCUCGCCUCGAGUGCUUCGCAUACAGAACACCAAGAGACAUUCGACCAUUUGCGAAAUGACAUUCCGCACAGCGAUUCUUGCCAUGAGGCUGAACAGGAAGCGACUUGUGGUCGUCUUGGAGUCCGAGCUGUAUCUCUAUGACAUCAGCAAUAUGCAGAUGCUGAAGAACGAGAAGACGUCUCCCAAUCCUAACGCUAUCUGCGCCCUGUCAGCGUCCUCGGAAAACAACUACCUUGUUUAUCCUCUACCUAUGAAGGCCGCACCGGCAACAUUCCAACCGCCCUCACACGCUCCACCGAAGUCGGACCACGUCCCACCUACCAGCGGCGAAGUACUCAUAUACGAUGCGACAAAGCUGGAAGCAGUGAAUGUGAUUGAAGCGCACCAUUCUCCGCUAUCGUGCAUUGCGUUGAACAACGAGGGCACUCUGUUGGCUACGGCGUCGGAGAAAGGAACGAUCAUUCGUGUCUUCUCCAUUCCAGACGCACAGAAGCUUUACCAGUUCCGGAGAGGGUCUAUCCCGGCCCGUAUUUACAGCAUGUCUUUCAAUUCUACCUCGACGUUACUCUGUGUCUCUUCUGCUACGGAGACGGUCCACAUCUUCCGGCUCGGAGCCCCUAAUGCGAGCCGGAGCAGCAGCAUCUCGGGUUCGGUGAGACCUCCGUCGUCUUCACGAGAGCGUAGCAAUAGCCGGGGCAGCGAGGAUGCCGAUCCGUCAGAAUAUGAAGAGAGCACACCGGACCUUGCAGAGCCAGAGCGGAAAUCAGUGAAUCCUACCUUUGCCAGCAUGAUACGGCGAACAUCGCAGAAUGUGGGAAAGUCCUUUGCACAAACGGUCGGGGGCUACCUGCCCAGUGCUGUGGCGGAGAUUUGGGAACCAGCACGGGAUUUCGCCUGGGUGAAGAUACCACGAUCACUCAAUAGCUCGCUGACGGGACCCGUAAGGACCGUGGUCGCUCUGAGUAACAAUGGGCCUCAGGUGAUGGUCGUAACGAGUGAGGGCAAUUACUAUGUCUUCAACGUGGAUCUUGAACGAGGAGGAGAGGGGACAUUGUUCAAGCAAUUCUCUCUUCUUGAGCCGAAUGAGCUCUCUGCUGGAGCGUCUCAGGACCUUCCCGACUAAAGGUCUUGCCGAGGAGGUCCAUGUUUUGUCCAAUCUUCACUACGCAUAGCGUUCAUCAAAGCUCUCCUAAUAUUUAUUUGCAUUAUGAGGAUGGUGUUAUUCUAUUUGGCUUGACUUUUGGUAGGAUUGGCAUUCCGUUCUUCAUGAACGACAUUAUAUGAGCUUCUUUAUUACAUUCG